ACCGGGAGGCUUGUAAUUGUGAAAUUUGAGGCGUAGGUAGCGUAACAUGUAUGAAGGGUGCGAGCACGCAAACUGAAGCUCUGUAUUUAUCAUAUGUGGGAUUGAUCAUUCAUCAUUUUUCUAUUCAUCAUUAAUCACAAUCAACAUGGAUAAUGAGAAGCAAGCCAAGAUUGCUUCUUUUAUCGAAAUAGUUGGGGAAUCCACAGACAAGGCACGCCAGUUUCUUCAGGCAACAAACUGGCAGCUAGAUGAAGCAAUACAGCUAUUCUACGUAGGAAAUGAGGGUGGAGCUGGGACAUCUUCUGCUAAUAUACCUUUGGAAAGGAAGUCUCCUGGAUCUCCAUCAACUAACGACAGGGAAAAUGAUACUUCUGGUGAUUAUGUGCGCCCACCAUUACCUGUUAAGAGAGAAGCACUAUAUGAUGAUGUUUUCCAUUUGAGAGCACAACAACUAGCACAGCCAACCAAUCAACCCAAUUCUGUAGAUGCCUUUCGGAACUUUGAGGAUGAAGCUAAAUAUCGCUCUGUUUGGGCAUCUGAUCAGAAUGGAUCCUCUUCAGUGGAUGGGCCGAGAGAUAAUCUUGCAGCACUUUAUCGACCUCCUUUUGGAUUAAUGUUUCAAGGCAGUUUUGAGCAGGCAAAAAUUGAGGCUGCUGGACAGGGUAAAUGGCUGAUAGCAAAUGUGCAAUCAACAAAAGAGUUCAACUCUUAUAUGCUCAAUAGGGACACUUGGGCUAAUGAAGCUGUAAAGGAGACCAUUAGUACAAGCUUUAUUUUCUGGCAGGUAUAUGAUGAUACUGAAGAGGGAAGAAAGGUGUGCACCUACUAUCAUUUGACAAAAAUGCCAACGACUCUUGUCAUUGAUCCUAUCACUGGACAAAAAAUGCGAGGAUGGCAUAGCAUGAUUGAUCCAGAACGUUUAUUGGAGGACCUGAUACUCUACAUGGAUAAAGGUCCACUGGAGCGCCAUCCGAAACUUCCUCCUCAAAAACGACAAAGAGAAGUUGAUGAGAAGACUGCACCAAUUUUGCAAGAAAUCCUAGAACCAGAUGAUGAAGAACUUCGUCAAGCCUUGGCUGCCUCAUUAGAAGACAUAAAUCUGCCUGUGGUUGGAGCAAAUGAUUCCCAAACAUUAGAGAAGCAAUCAAAAGAUCAAUUACUACACAAUCAAGAGUUAACAGCUGCACCCUCUCAGAAACCCAAGCUGGAAUACCCAUCUCUUCCUGAAGAGCCACAAGGUCAAAAAGAAGUUGUUUGCAAGGUGGGUGUCCGUUUCCCUGAUGGCAAAAGGACUCAGAGGAGGUUUCUACGCUCUGAUCCAAUACAGUUACUUUGGUCCUUCUGUUGCUCUCAAGUUAAAGAAGCUGCAGAGGGCCGGCAAUUUAGAUUGGCACAUGCAGUUCCUGGUGCAUCAGAAGUUUUAGACUAUAAUAGCAAGUAUAGCUUUGGGGAAUCUGGAAUUUCUAAUUCGAUCAUUUCAAUGACAUGGGAAUGAAAUUUGAAUACCAUGACCAUAUUAUAUUUUUGGCCAUUUCCACUUCUUUUGUAAAUGCAAAAUUCUCAGCCUCCAAUACUCAAUUAUUUGUGGGUUAAUUUUGCUGAAAUAUCCUUAAGUUGAUCAUGUUUAACUGGAGGGUGGAGAAAUAUUCUGAUUCUAUAUAAUUUAUUGUAUCUAUUGCGUUGAAUGAAACUUGCUCUUUUGUACCCUCAAUCUGAGUUUUGCUAAUUAUGUAGUGGGAAUUCCCACCAAGGUCUACACUGUUUAACUGAGAUUAUAUUGCAUAUGAAUUUUGCAUUUCA